UCGUGAUUAACAUGACUUUUUAAUUUUCUGAAAUGUCAAAAAUGCAUAAUUGACUGAAAUAGCAAAGGAUUACUGUUGGUCUGGCUUUAAUCAGCCUCAUUAUUCUACCCCCCCAAUGCUAAAUGCUAAUAGCACACCCAUCUCUCUUCCAUCCUCUUUCACACCCAUAACCCACCAUUUCUUCCUCAUCUUCUCAUCUUCUUCUUACAAAACCUUUUCUCUUUAUUCUUAUCUCUCUCCUUUUCUCCAUCUGUAUCUCUUCAUCUAUCACAGAUUGUUCAGCAGUGAGGUCUUGACUGUAGAUCUACAGCUUAAUCUGCUGCUGUUUGUCUGAUAAAAAUCCAGUCUUGGUUGCUGUUCGUUCUGGGCUGCUAUUCUUUUUUGGUCUAGAUUACCUGAAGAACUGCUUUCUGAGCUCUGUUUGCGUAAGCAUUUUUUGGAGCUGUUCAGAAAUCUUGAAGAAGCACAUUCAGCCCUAAUGCAAGGGCAAAGGAGUGCUGUUGGUUCCUUACCUGAAGUUUUAGGCAUUGAUCAUGGAUCAACAUCAAGCGAUACUAGCUUAGACCAGCAGGUGCACUGGAAUAGCAUAAGGAAUUCGUCACAAAACAGGAUACCUGAUUAUUUGAUGUCGCCGACAGACACAAGUGUUGGAUUUCUAAAUGCAGUGAACCAACCAGGGCAGAAUUUAAGUGGAUGGGAUUUCGGUGAAAGCAGUUCUAGAGGGGAACAAGGCGAGGUUAGUGAAACUGAUCGGAAAAACGAACAUGGGUGGUCAUCUCCAAUAAAUGUUUGUGCUGGUGCAGCUCUUGGCGCAGAAGGACAGCAAUAUGGGCCCUCUAAUAUUCUUUCAUUAAAUAAUGUUGGUGUAAAUAUGCACAGCAAUGAAAGUGCAAGUGGGACUUUCUUUAUGCAAAAUUCAGGCUCUGAAUCCAUUCGGCAGGAUCUGAAUAUGAACUCAGAUAUUAUUGUAGAUGAGGAUGAUGAUUGCCAAGUUUUGGAAUGUCAAAAUGCGUUCAAAGCUAGUGAAUCAGUGAAUGAGCGGAUGCCAUCUGCUAGUAAUUCUUCCAAUCCUUUUGGGAUGUCUUCUGGAACUGGUGGAUUUUUGGUGGAGGAAGCUGAUGGGAGGCCUGGCUGUUCAUUGGAUGGUCGAAGGUUUUCGUGUAAAAGAAAAACACUGGAAGGAAAUGCUGGACAAUCUUCUGGGAGUGGAAGUUCAAACUUGGUUCAACAUGCUGAGAGCAAUCUAUGGCAUUCAGUACCAGCUAGGCAUAAUGCAUCCAGCAGCACAGGUAUAGCUGCCCCUUCAGAAAACAACUCAACGGUCAAUCUACCAGAGCAGGUAAUCCCGAGACUCGGAUUAAGUGUUGGACGAGCAUCUUCUGAUAGUCAUCCUCCAUUAACUGCUUCAAGAACUGCAGAGAGUUCCCGCAGAAAUUUUCGCUUGAGGAUAAAUGCCUCACAUCAACAAGAUUCUUCACGCAAUAAUAUAGUCUCCACAGAGACUGAUGUUGGAAAUCCUAAUAGUUCAUCCGCUCAGCAUUCAUUUAGGUUGCUCCCCCGUAAUAAUUCUUUGGAUCUGAGACCUGCACCUACGACCGACAGUGGAAGUUCUCAAGGUCAGUCAGUUGUAGUGCAUGUGUCAUCUGUGCGUCGAAACCCACAUUCCAGGUGGAAUGGAGCAUCUAGCUCAAGAACUGGAAGCUCAUCUAGUUUUGCCAUUUCUGGAGAUAUAGAUGCUGUACCAUAUGAGGAGUCUAGUUCAUCCAGUGUGGCAAGGCACAUUUCAGAACAUCCCAUGUUUGUACCACCAACGGAGAUACGAAAUUCAUCACAAAACCCUCCUAAUUGGAGUUUAGCUGGCGGAAGUGUCAGUAAUCCUGGAAACGCUGCAUCAACUUCCCGCACUGGCUCUAGUGCAGUUGUCCACUCAUCUACCCCUACUUGGACACCCCAUCGGAAUCCUUCUCAGUAUCCAAGGAGACUAUCAGAAUUCGUUCGCAGAUCUUCGUCAUCUUCAGCUGAUAGCGACUCUGGAGGUCACAGCAGCAAUUAUCCUUCACUGCGGACAGGUCCCUCGUCCUCCCAAGACAUGCCACUUUCAUCUGGAUCUGGUAGUCAGGGUCGCCAUGCAGCAAGUUCAAGGUCAGCAAUUUUGUUGGAGAGACACCUUGAUACUGCUUUUGGAUCUUAUUCAUUAAGAAAUUUGGCUGCUGCCAGUGAAGGAAGAAACAGGCUAAUGUCUGAGCAGAUACGCAAUGUCUUGGAUCUCAUGCGCAGGGGAGGAGAGGGCUUGCGAUUUGAGGAUGUCAUGGUUCUUGACCAAUCAGUCUUUUUCGGGAUGGCUGAUUUUCAUGAUCGCCAUAGGGAUAUGCGGCUUGAUGUUGAUAACAUGUCAUAUGAGGAAUUAUUGGCAUUAGAAGAGCGUAUUGGAAAUGUGAGCACUGGUUUGAGUGAAGAAACCAUUUUGAAACAGUUGAAACAACGGAAGUAUGUAAGCAAUAAAACAGUUGAGGUUGAAACAGAGCCGUGCUGUGUAUGUCAGGAAGAAUAUGGUGAUGGUGAAGAUCUUGGUUCUCUGGACUGCGGGCAUGAUUUUCAUGCCGAGUGUAUUAAACAAUGGCUUACACACAAGAAUUUAUGUCCCAUUUGUAAAACAACGGGACUGGCUAAAUGAAUAAGACCAAUUGUUCUGGGCAAUAAAAUUGCCUCCAUCUGAAAGAGUUGGGGCGAUUGGCUCUCAGAAGUGUUUGAGCAGAUCAUACAUCCUCUGCCCGCUCCUUGUAAAACUUCCAGGGAUGUAUUUUCUUCUUAUGCUACUGUGGACUGAUACGAUUGUUUUAGACUAAGUAUAAACAGAACGAAUGUUUUGACAUUUUCAUUAGGUAUUCAAUUGAUUAUUGGAAGUUGAAGUCUUUUUCCUUUUA